GCGGAUGUGUUCGACAACAGGAAAGCAAGCUGCACUUGCAGACGGACAGAGAAGAUGCACUUUAGUUUAGCUGGAUUUUUUGUAAACCUUCGCAGAUAACGUCGCCAUUAUGAAGAGCGUAAUGUUUCUGAGUGUGGUUUUAAUGACUUCGGUCUCCGAAGCGGCUAAAAAAGGUGACGACGAAGAAUGGGUGCAUCUGCCAGAUAAAUGCGAAGUGUGUAAGUUUGUGAGCAUUGAAAUGAAGUCUGCGUUUGAUGAGACUGGAAAAACCAAGGAGGUCAUCGAUACCAAUUACCGCUUCCUCGAUUCGAAGGGGUCGCCGCCAAUCAAAUAUGUUAAAUCGGACAUCCGCUUCAUCGAGGUGGUGGAGAACGUAUGCCAGAGGCUCAUGGAGUACAACUUGCACAAAGAGAGGACGGGCAGCAACCGCUUUGCGAAGGGCAUGUCGGAGACCUUCUCCACGCUGCACGGCCUGGUCAAUAAAGGGGUGAAGGUGGUGAUGGACAUCCCCUAUGAGCUGUGGAACGAGACGUCCGCUGAGGUCGCCGACCUUAAGAAGCAGUGUGACGUGAUGGUGGAGCAGUACGAGGAGGUGAUCGAGGACUGGUACAAAGGCCACCAGGAGGAAGAUCUGACCACCUACCUGUGCGAGAAACAUGUUCUGAAGGCAGGACCAGGACGACCUACUGCCUACUCCUGCCUGAACGAGAAGUGGGCGGGCAGGAAGGGAGACGCGGCGGCCAUCGGCGAGGAGAAGAAGAAGAAGAAGGGGAAGAAGGGAAAGAGCAAGGAGGGCGAGAGCGCCGGCCAAGAGACGCCGAGCAAAAAGAAAGACAAGAAAACGAAGAAGAAGAAAAAGGCCAAGAAGGUGGUGGUGGUGGAGGAGGCGACGGCGGCGGCCGCCCGCAGGGAGAGGAGGGACGGCGACGGACACACGACGGAGGAGGACGUUCAGAAGAAAGCCCCACUGCGCACUGAGAAGACUGAGCUCUGAGCGUGGGAGGAGCUUACUGCCGGCUCUGCCCCUCCCCCACUCGAUAGGCCACACCCACACUUCAGUCAUUGCCCCUCCCACUGCUCCUCCCCCUUCAUGUUCUGUCUGUCUCUCAGGCUGUGUCCCACUUUGCGUACUACUUACAAGCGCACAGUAGUAUAUGCUACUGAGGAUACUAGCGAGUGUGUGGAUGAUUCGAUUUUCGCACCGUGACCUUACUGCGUAUAUGUAUGUGUUUGCCCCUCUAGCCUGUAAUAUGGCACGUUCCUUUGUUGAGGAUAGUUAUCCAACUUUCAGUGAAUUUUAAAAAGGGACCGUCAGUAUUACUGGUCAAGUGUGAAGGGGGGGUUGGGGGAACUUGUUGCUUCGUUAUGUUUUUACAAAAUUUUCACGACGACCCCUUUCUUUAUUGUGAUUUAAAUGAGGAGUGCUAAAUGGCGUGCUUCUUACACCUAGCCUGUCUCUGAGCCCCUGCUGCAGGUCUUCGUUCGCCCGGGUGCGAAGGCUCGUGCGCAGGCUCGUGUGCUACGCUCGUUUCACGGGCUUCAUUGAGUUUUGGAAUAGCGCUCGAUAGGUCAGCUGUGCACUUCCAUACUUCUGCGGCUUCUGGGUAGUAUGAAGACUGUAGAACUCAGCCCUGCAUUAGCUCUCUCUCUCUCUCUCUCUCUCUCUCUCGGUGAAACCAACGGGUGUCGGACUCGUUUCGCUCUGGACCAGUGUGUGUGUGUGUGUGUAUUUUCUUUCGUUGCAACGUCUGCUUUAAAUUAGCUUAUUAACCCAAACCUUUUCUCAGUAACCAUUUUUUGUUUAAAAAAAUAAAAAUAAAAAUAAUCUGUUUGUUCCUGCAUACUGAUAAUUGAUUAAUUGGACCAGGGGAAUUGUUGGGAGCAGAAAAUUAAGCACCCACGCUAGUCAUCCAGAAAGUGAUGUCAUCCAUCCUUUCACUCUAUGCUCCUCCCACUUUUUCACCCUCCAGAGCUUUCUGUGUGUGUGUGUGUGUGUGUGUGCGCGCGCGCGUGUGCGCUUUUUAAAGCUCCUCCCCUCAAGGGCAUCAUUAAGAGUGAAAUAUGAGUGACUGCAGCUGUUCUGCGGAAAUGAAGAUGCCACACAGUCGCCUGACUGACGGCAGUUUGUGGUGCUGAUGAUGCUCUGUGGACUGUACAGGACGCCCCCCCCCAUACGCUGCCCUGAGGCACAGCCCAGCCAAACUGCCCCCCCCCCCCCCGCCCAGUGACGUCUCCAUAUCCCAGUCUAACCAGGCACAUUCAUACACUGUUGCAGACGUACGUCGCAAAUGAAAAAACCUCGUUACAGGAGGGAGAUGCAGGUGCUGGCGGUCCGUUUCCUCCUUUGGACGUAAAUCAUUGUCACUGCGUUGUCAGGACCGAGUGCUCUGGGCUCAGACUGCAGUCGUGAUGGUAAAAGUGUGUGCUUUUAAUUGGUCUCAGCCCAAGCCAGUUUUUUUUUUGGUUGUUUUUAAAAUAAAUUAAUUGCUUUACUGUUUUUGGCAUCUCGCUUUAGCUAAGGGUAAUUUGACGUUGCAGUAUAAAGACCCGUGUGUGUUUAAUACAAUCAUUCUGUGCAGGUGAACACCCAGGUUUCCAUCAACAGACUGAAGACCAGGUGAAUGUAACUCAAAUCCAAUCAUUUAUUUACUCAGACUGUUUGUUUCCUUUUUGGCAAAUUAAUUUUUUUUUCUCCGGACUAGAUACAUUUAAAGAGAGGAAAGGACGCACUGAUUUAUAAUCCUUAAUCAAAGUUAAAUGUAUUUCUGCCUCUUCAAUCUGGCUCUGCUGUUUCUGAGAUGCAUUGAGACUACUGGUCAGUCAUAAAUGAGAUGAUUUAUUAAGAAGCAAUAUCUAGUUACCCAUAAAGUUUCUGGGCUAGUGAAUCAUGGCCAAACCAUUUUACACCCAGAAGAGCAAAUAGAAUAAACUUUUUUAAAAUGGAAGAAUGCCACCAAGCAGACAUUUUAAUGAUGACGUUGUUCUUCUUCAGUGUUCCCAGUGUUUUUCCCCAUUUCUUUUUGUACCGCUGAUGUUUUUUUUUUCCCCCAACUUGCUGUGAAGUAUUCCAGAAGUGACCCGAAAAGGAGUCGUUUUGUUCUUUUCCAUUUUGUUUACCCAAAUCCGCUGUACUGCGUAUAACUGUUGUGCGAAGCCGUGGGUCGUAGUCUUGGUCAAAACAAGAGGCGUGCCGUGUAGCUGAUUUGGGCUUUUCGUGCAGAUUGUGAAAGUGUGAGUUGGUACGCUGUCCAAAAUGGAGUCUGUGCGCCAGGUGGCCUCUUGACCAGUUUUAAACGCGCUGAAGAUGUGCUCUGUAGUUUCACACAGUGCUGCUGCCUACCUGUACCAAUGUGGAACGGGUGUAUGAAAAGGUGUGGGUUAUUUCUGGAGAGUAUUCCUUCACGCACAAGUUUGUUUCCCUUUUACUUUGCAUCGUGUGAAUAAAAUAAAACGGUACAUAAAUUGUUUUAUACCCCGAA